GUAAAUGUUAAAUAUUUUGUGAUUUUUAUUUUUCAUAACUCAACAUAUUUCACAAUUCAUACCUAUUUACAAUACUUUUCACUGAGAGCCUAUUUAAUAAAUUACAAUUGCUUGAAUGGUGAAAAGGCAGCACAAAAUUAGUGUGUUAGGAAAUAUAAAAUGAAAAGAAUUUCAUAAUUCAUCAGUGUGUCGUCAUAAAGCAUGAAACAUGCCACUGGAAACAUAUUUGAUGUAAAACUAAUGGGGAGUUUUAUGUAACGUUAAAUGAACAAUGGAACAAAAUGACAGAAAAACAAUUAAUUGCGUAACGUUACAUAUUCUGUCUCUGCCACAAUUAAGUCGUGGAUCUGAAACAAAAUAAUAUUUGAUAACAUUUGUGGACAAAUAUCGCUUAUUAAUGAACUGUUAUUUUUGCAUUUACUGCUCCUUUAAGGGCCUACAGUAUAGUAGCGUUUGUGCCGCCAUUUUAAUACAUGAUAGUACUGUUGAUUAACUCGUGACCUUUCUAAGAAACUUCUGUCCCUUUUCUCAACACGCGAACUACUUUAUUUUGUAAAGUCAAGAUUUGUGUCGCCGUUUAAAAUGUCAACUUACCGUAAACUGCUUUACACACCGCUCUUUGGUUCUCAGCCGUUCCAACCUGACAAGAAAACAGGACGAAACGGAGAAAACAAACUGAGAAAGAAAAUGAACACGAUGACUCAAGAGGGAACUCCACUUAUGUUUGACACUAGUCCUGAAAUAACACCAUGCUUUUCAAGAAAGGUGAAAAUACACCACCUUUUGAGGGUUUACUCGAAUGUGGGGAUCUCGAAGAAAAAGUCGUCGGUUAAUCUGAGAGAAUCUAACGGCAGAAAACCACAGCGCGCCAGACAUACAGCGAGAGAGCCAUUAUCUGAUGAUUUUGUGUUUCCGUCAAGAAGGACUCGAAGCGAAAAUAAAAUGGCCCAAACAAAACAGGAUGUGUUGAGGACGAUCAAGAGAAUGGUAGAGGAGAACAGGGUCACCAGAGUGCGAUUACUCGCCUUGAGGCAGAUGAGCAGAAGCAAAUGAGGUUUGCAUUUGUCUGCAGGAAAAAGUACAUCAUAAAAACUAACUUGCGUCAAUGUUUGCACACCCUCAUGUUUCACGCCCGUGUGAUUAAUU